GGCUUAUGGAGGGGGUAUCUCUGCUCGCAGUCGGCGACAUCGAAACCCGUACCAGACGAAGGCCCUCUCUAAUACGCACCGAGUAUUUAUUAUCGCGUCGUCUAUACAAUACGACUUAGCAGUCGGCCGCCCAACACCAGGAAAGGGCCCGCAGCGCGACUUCCGUCUGCGUAUCACGACCCUAAGCCCAGGCAGUUACUCGGACUGGUACCUACAUCGUACCUUCUCUGCUUCACUCUGUCACCACGCAGGUACCUUAGCACCCCCGCCCCGUAUCCCCUCCCGCCUCUCCGGAGGGGGCGUCCGUGUUCUGCCGCCCACGUCAACCACCCGCUCAGUUAGAGGAUCUAGGCCCGAGACACAUUUCCUGCACGCCCUAUGAGAAUCGAUAUCAUGAUAGUCCCUCAAUUAGGCAGGCUCCGCGCCUAUAUGCGUGGACGGGGCUCUCGGAUGUUGCCUUGCGCUAGUACAUCCCGCCUAUCUAGCAAUCCCCUGGGCCUGGGAAUAGCUCUCGGUAACCCGAGGUCUAUGAGAACCUGGGCGUGUCGUGCCGAUCGCGUCAGGCCCGACCAUCAAACGAAGCAGGGUGGGGGGAUGCCGGCAUCCUCCGGGAGGGGCCCUCCCCUUGACCAGUUGGCCACCCUGACGGACCCCGAAAGGCUGGAGUCUGCCGUGCGUGUCGGCGUUAGGUUACUGGAGGAUUUGCGUCGUGCUCUUCGCGCCCCCAACCACCCCGGCCGGGAAUGGGCAGGGGAAGUCAACGCGCUCCUUGGGCGUGCGAAGCCAACCCGCACCGUCAUAGGCGUGGUCGGCAAUACCGGGGCAGGCAAAAGCUCCAUAAUCAAUGCUGUCCUCGACCAAGAGAGACUGCUCCCUACCAGUUGUUUGCGUGCCUGUACUGCAUCGCCCAAAGAAGUUUCGUACAACUACUCGGACGACCCCGCGGAAUUGUAUCGGGCGGAAAUCCAGUUCCUCACCGAGGAAGAAUGGAUCAGCGAGCUCAAAAUACUCCUCAGCGACCUAUCGGAUGAACAAGGCAGAGUAUCCCGAGAAUACGCGAGAGCCGACAACAAUGCCGAGAUUGCCUAUGCGAAGCUGGAGGCUGUUUACCAGCAAAGGACCAAGCAGAUGAUCGCCCAGGGCUCACCCGAGGCAUUCGCAAAUGAGACCGCUGUCAAAAGCGUGUUGGGUUCCGUCGAGAUACUUAAAGAUGUCUCAGCGGAGGGCCUGUCUAGUCGCCUGCAGCGUUAUGUGGACAGCCAGGGAAGGAUAAUCGGCUCCGACAACAAGGGCGACACCGUUCCGAUGGAAUACUGGCCGCUUAUUAAAUUUGUCCGGGUCUACACCAAGGCAGAUGUCCUCUCUACAGGAGCGGUGCUGGUCGACUUGCCCGGUACGCAAGACGCGAAUCCCGCUCGCGUAGCUAUCGCAGAAAAGUACAUGGGCUCCUGCACGGGCUACUUGAUCGUCGCACCCAUUACUCGAGCUAUGGACGACAAGACAGCAAAAACACUCCUCGGCGACGCAUUUAAGCGCCAGUUAAAAUAUGACGGUGCAUACUCUGCAGUCACCUUCGUCUGCUCCAAGACGGACGAUAUAUCUAUCACCGAAGUUUCGGAUAGUCUCAAUCUCGAGGAAGUGAUCUCGAAAGCCUGGGAAACAGCCGAGAGGUUGAAAAGCUCCAUACCAGAACUCGAGUCCACCUUGGCACAACUGAAAGAUCGAAGAGAACGGUGUAUCGAGCAAGCCGACGAUCUUGAUGCCAAGUACGAGAUGUGCGAGGAUCUGCUCAACCAGGCCGCGGACACAUCAGACACUGACCGCGGUUCGGAGACGUGGAAGCCUGGCUCGAGGCUUCAGGAGAACCCGCAGCCGACGGACGAUCUCCGGCUACUCCCAGAAGGCGACAUUAGGCAGAUUCUUCCGUCACUCAAGUCACAGAUGAAGGACAUGCGUAGAGAACGACAAGAAGUCGACAAGGAAAUUGAUGCCGUCGACAAGCAGAUCCGGAGCAGGGAAGACGAGUACGAGGCAACCCUGGCUGAGAUUACAUUGCGCUGCAUCCAGGAACGCAACAACUACUCACGUAAUGUAAUCAAACGAGACUUUGCCCUUGGAAUCAAGGAGCUGGACGAGGAAAUCGCUACGGGAGAAAAGGGAUCGGCUUCUGGCUCGUCACAAGACCUUAGAAAUUAUGACGAGGUUGCUCGUCGACUACCUGUGUUCUGCGUUAGCAGUCGCGCGUAUCAACAGGUUAGCGGUCGGCUCCAAAGGGAUGGCUUCAAGGGCCACGGCUUCAAGCGUUUAGAAGACACCGAAAUCCCGCAGCUACGAGCACAUAUAAAGAAAUCCGUGGAAGGGGAGCGAGCAAGCCAGUGCCGCCAAUUCCUAAACGAACUGUCCCUAUUGACCAACUCGAUAAAGCUCUUGGUAACCAACGCAACACAACCCCGCGCAGCAGAGCAGCAGAGGCUCCAGCAAGAGAUUUCUUUAAAGGGUGUCCUGAGGGACUUGGAAAAGAACCUAGAUGCAUUAGUCAAGGACACCGCACAGUUGGUAAAAAACUCUGUUCGCGAGCUCAUCUAUAGCGUAUUCGACUCAUCCGUGCAGAAUGCGGCGGCCAUAGCCCCGAAAACAGUAGAGGCUUGGGGCCGUAUGUCCUGGCAAACUUACCAAGCGACCAUCGUGCGGAACGGUGUUUUCUCCGGCGUCAACGGCCCUUGCGAUUUCAACCAAGAACUGUUUGAUCCAGUCUCUCGCGAUCUCGUGACGGGGUGGGUGAAGGCGUUCCAAUAUCGCUUGCCGGAAAUCCUCGAGCAAUUCAGUCGUAAGGCGCAGGAGCACUUGGGAGCGUUCCACAGGAUAGUUGGAGGUGAAGAUUACCAGAGGCGUUCGAGUGCGGAGGAGGUGGCCAUUUUAUCUCAACAAAUCCAAACUCAUACUCGCAUGCUAGACCAACUCCCAUCUCAGCUACGUGGGUCCAUGACAGAGGCUCAGAAGGCGAUUAGUCGGAGAUUCACUCCCUUUAUUCGCGAGGCCAUGAGGCCGGCUUACCGGGCCUGUCUAGAGGAGAAGGGACCGGGUAGCUACUUUCGCAAGAAGAUUAUCAUGAUGGAUCAUGUCAACAAGGCUCGGCUCACCAUGUUCAGUGAAGCUACGAUGGAAGCCAGGUCUCAACUGGAUAAGAUGUGUCUCUCCGUCGAAGGCCAGAUGGCGAAGAAGGUCAAAGCCACGUUUGGCAGCAUCUCUUCUGAGUACAUGAGGGUUUUUGCUGGCACUUGGGCUAAGCGUCGCAUGGCCUUGUCUCCCGACGACCUUGCAAUGCUGGGAGAGGUCUCCAAGAUUCUGCAGCACAACGACUCGAUGUUCGCAUCCAUAGUAAGCAAAGUCGACGAAGGCAGCGCGCAAACUACAGACGGCGCCAGAGGAAGGGUUUCGUCGGCAGAUCCAGCACCAGUAGCGCUAAAACGGCCGGACAGCGCGAUACGCAAGACGCGAAAGACGACCGCCAGCGUACCCUAGAUACUUCUGCACCAGCGGACGCCGGUGAGCCCAAGCAACCCGAUACCAGCACCCAGGCCCCAAAAAACGAUAUCCAUGCGCGAAGAGUUCCCAUUCAAGUGUUCGCCAAGGCGUCACAAGGCUAAGAGGGCGACGACACGUUACAGCAAUACGAGUCGUGUGUUAAUAACGUAUUAGGUACAACACUAUGAGACAAUAUGGGGGUUGCGGGCACGGCUAGCGUUUGUCUAUGCACGUAGUAAUAGGUAGGUAGUAGUCGUGAUGUAUAAGAAUGUGCGUUGGGUGGGAUGGAGAAAGAUUGGCAAGUCAUAGGGAAGCUAGAGUGGAUUGACCUGUUGAACUACUCGGCGCGGCGAACAGAGCACGGGUUUAAGUUAAUUAUAAGUCGUUGGUAGGCUCUCAUUAUGAGUUGGUUGGUUGUCGAGUUACUGAAACAUGUCAAC